CACGUUCGUUUCCAUGCAGGGACACAGAGCACUGAACUACCAUGCGCAGCCAACGCUCUUCCGAUCCCGCUGCUCGUAGGGCCCAUCCAUUUGGUGACACUGACCUAGUACUUCUCCCGAGGUAGGUACGAAAUUUUCGCCUCCGAAAAUGACAGUUCAGCCUAGGUUCCGAGUCCUAGAGGGCUACCAAUGGUUCAUCACGCCUGGCGAGACCGGAUGGCACAAUAUUGGAAGCAGCAAGUCAGGCUGUCCACGUGUUGCGGCCUGCUAGUAUCAAAUGCGAAGGUACCCAGCCUCAGGAAAUAAAGUCCAUCUGAACGUUGAUACCUCAAUGCACUUCAGCCAUGGCGCUGGCGAGCACAAGACCACUGUUGUUUCCUCCGCGUCCACCUUCGAUCGUUCACGGGAGCACAGAAACACCAUUAGUCGAUUUCACACUUGGAGAGCUGCUUGAUUUUCAGUGCAGACGAUAUUCGACAAGAGAAUGUUUGAUAGUACCAUGGACUGGCGCAAGGUGGACAUACAACCACCUCAGAGAAGAAAGCAGCAGGGUCGCGAAGGCUCUGCUUGCUCGUGGCAUUCGAGCUGGAGACAGAAUUGCCAUCAUGGCUGGGAACUGUGAACAAUACGUGUCAGUGUUCUUCGCUACAGUGCGUAUAGGCUGCAUUCUGGUCAUCCUCAACAAUACCUACACUUCUUCCGAAGCACAGUAUGCUCUGAGGUUUACUGAGUGCAAGCUUCUGUUCACUACUUCUCGCAUUGGUCAUCGCGACAAUAAGCCACUUUUGCAUCAUCUACGGGACGCGCCUGGGACCGUUGAGGAGAUCAUCAUCCUGAGAGGCCAUGCAGGACAAUUCACUUCAUACGAGAGCUUCGCAGAAGAUGGAGCUUGCGAGCCAGACGAGCCACUUGCCGAAUGCUCCAACCAUUUUGGUACUCACGAUGUCUGCAACCUGCAAUUCACCAGCGGCACGACAGGGAAUCCAAAAGCUGCGAUGUUGACUCACCACUCUCUUGUCAAUAACAGUAGAUUUAUUGGUGAUCGAAUGGCUCUGACUGAGGAUGACGUGUUGUGUUGCCCGCCUCCGUUGUUCCAUUGUUUCGGUCUGGUGCUCGGUUUACUAGCUAUAAUCACCCAUGGAGGGAAAGUGGUCUAUCCUACAGAGACAUUUGACGCAGCCGCUUGUUUGAAAGCAAUCCACGAGGAGCAGUGCACAGCUUUACACGGUGUUCCAGCCAUGUUUGAUUCUAUCUUCAGUCUACCGCGGCCGGACGGUUUUGAUUGCUAUCGUCUGCGAACUGGAAUCAUUGCCGGGGCUCCUGUUCCUCGGCACCUGAUGGAAUUGCUGGUCAACGACCUCGGAAUGACAGAGUUUACGAGUAGUUACGGGUUGACCGAGGCAUCUCCUACCUGCUUCAACGCCAUGCACGACGAUCCUAUUGACCUGAAACUUUCGACAGUCGGCCAGGUCAUGCCACAUGCUCAUGCCAAGAUUGUGGACCGAUAUGGUAAGAUCGUACCAAUUGGUGAGAGAGGAGAGCUUUGCAUCGCUGGGUAUCAGUUACAACGAGGGUACUGGAAGAACCCCGAGAAGACCUCGGAAGUCAUGAUUCGUGAUGAGAACGGCGUCUUGUGGCUGCAUACUGGUGAUGAAGCAGUCUUCCAUGAAGACAAAACUUGCACAAUCACUGGCCGGUUCAAAGACAUCAUCAUUCGAGGUGGGGUUCCUAGCUGUCAAAUUUCAGCCUAGACACUGACGAAGCGUUUUAGGCGGAGAAAACAUUUACCCUCUCGAGGUUGAAGAGAGGUUGAUGCAACACGAAGCUAUCGAAAGGGCAAUCGUGGUCGGCAUGAAGCAUCAUCGACUAGGAGAAGUCGUGGUUGCCUUUCUGCAAGGUACCUCUCCAGCAUUUGGAGGAACCUACGCCGCUAUCAGCGACGAUGAGGUUCGCGAAUGGGUGAAGAUGAGACUGGGCCGGCACAAGGCUCCUGAACAUGUAUUCUGGCUAGGCAAGGAUGGAGUUCCCAAUGCUGUUCCACUGACAGGAAGUGGGAAGGUGAGGAAGUUCGAGCUUGCCAAGUUGGCCGAACAGAUCCUGGGAACUGCAAAAGCGAAGCUAUAAGCGAGCAACAGGCCUACUUGUAUGAACACCAAGAAACCGCAGGUAAAAACCUCUGUGAUCCGUUGACUAUAGAGUUCGAGGUCUCUUGUGCAACUUUUAAAAUCGGCUUGUGCCCAAGCUUUGCCUUUAUUCAGCUAACCUAUAUCUGGACUGACGCCUUCUGCGACUCUGGAUCGGCCUGACCGUCCUCAUCGCUUACAGCCUGGCAGACCUGUCCUCCGUCACCGGCUCGGUCGAUUGACGCCUUUGCUG